UGGAGAACAUGAGGAUCAUCAGAUGGUUUGUCAUGAAGUUCAAGUACGUAUUAGGCCUUCGUUUCGAGACCAAGGGUCUCCAGAAGCUGGAGGUUGACCACCCCUGUGUCAUCAUUUCUAACCACCAGAGCAUCCUGGACAUGAUGGGCCUGAUGGAGGCCCUGCCUGAGCGCUGCGUGCAGGUCGCCAAGCGGGAGCUGCUCUUCCUGGGGCCCGUGGGCCUCGUCAUAUACCUCGGGGGUAUCUUCUUCAUCAACCGACAGCAGUCCAGGACCGCCAGGACCGUGAUGGCCGACGUGGGCGAGCGCAUGGUCAAGGACAACCUUAAAGUGUGGAUCUACCCUGAGGGCACGCGGAAUGACAAUGGGGACCUGCUGCCUUUCAAGAAAGGUGCCUUCUACCUGGCGAUCCAGACUCAGGUACCUAUCAUCCCCGUGAUAUACUCCAGCUUCUCCUCCUUCUACAACCCCAAGACGAAGCUCUUCAACUCAGGAACCAUCAAGGUGGAAGUGCUGGAUGCCAUCCCUACCAGUGGCCUCACUGUCGCCGAUGUCCCCAAGCUUAUGGAUACCUGCCAUCAGGCCAUGAGGACCACCUUCCUCCGCUUGUCCAAGACGCCCCAGGAGAACGGGGCGACUGCAGGGCCUGGUUCCCAGCCAGCCCAGUAGCCGAGACCUGGGGUGGGGCAGGACCCGGGGGGACAGGAUGGGGCCGGCCGGGGGCGGGGCCUGGCUAGAGAACGGAGGGACCUCUUCCCCUGCCCUGGCCGCUAAAUAUCACAGUGUCCUGCUCCCGAGGUUCCCCCGCUUUUAUUCGGGCCCCAGAUAAUAGGAGGCUGCCUCCUGCCAUCGGCCUCAGAUGUCCCCCAAAAGGAUAGUCAGCUGGAAUGUCCCCAAGAAGCCCACGCUUGUGCCUCCUGGACGCCGGAGCAGGGUGGGGUCCGGCGGGGCCGACAGGCAGGGCUGAGCUGCGGGGCUGAGCUGCACCCUCCUGCCUGGGCCCGGGGGGCACGGAGGCCGGCUGGGCGGCCCGGCCUCUGGGAGAAAUGGGACUCUGGGGGUGUGGCGAGACACCUGGUCCUGUGCAGCCUGGGCCUCGGGGAGAGCCACGAAGCGGAGGUCCUUGCCCUGCUGGCCUUGGGAGCAAGCCGGCCACACAGGCACUGCACUCCGUCCGCGUUUUUUAAUAAACAAACUCUUGGAAGCGC